UAAGGCUAGAAACACACUGGGGUAAGAACAGACAGCGCAAGUUUGAACAUUGCCAACGCAGAAACAACGUUUGCAUUAAUUUUAAUGCAAAUAUCAAAACUUAAUCAAUUUAAGAGUACAAAUAAAAAUAAAAUACAAUUCUGCUCUCCUUCGGCUUAUACCUGUCCAAUUUGACUUGCAUAUAGUCAAACGUUUCCGCGCAAUAGCAGUGCUUUCUACGCGCCGCCCUCAACUAUGUACAUACAUAUAUUUCUGGCCUGAGGAUGAGUGGAAGACAAAAGGUAACUCUCAGCGAGCGAGUGAGCAUGAAAACGAGACACAGCCAAAGUUAGACAUAUGUAAUUGUGUUUUGUGUGUCUUCUCGUCGUAUUUUGUCAAGCGUUGUAUGCCACAAGUUUGCUUAAAGUAGUUUUUCCCACACUACGCACAAAUAAUUGAAAAUUGGAAAGAAAACAUAUACUCUUGCUAUUGAAAACUAUAAAGAGGCAGGCGGGCGAGAGGCGCGGGUCGAAAUGUUCUACUGAAAUUAUGUAGGAUAAAAAAUACUAUACCGCGUGCAUUGUCAAACUGUUUAACUCAAAGAAGGUACAUUGUACUUAGCGCCAUCGCCUUAGUUGGCCAAGAUUUUUUGUGUACCAUUUAGUGAGAUAAAGUAGCAACCAAAAAGAAAAUACAGCCAGCUAAGCGUAUGAAAAAUCGAAAUCGCGUAAGUAAACUACUAAAAUUGUGUUUGACGCCGAAGCUAAAAAUAAAAACCAUCAACAAAACAAAACGUGUCAAGGAAAAUUCAAUAAACAGCAUCAUCAAUUCCGCAAAUCAUAAAAUCUGAAUGAAAAUCAGAAAAUCAAUCAUAUUGGCUGCAUACUCUGUGAUGAAAAAGAAUUUUGCAACAUCGAAUUGCAAAAUUUUGGGUCAGUUUUAAUUAAAGUGUUGUGAUAUUGUCGUCGUUGCAACGAGCAUAACGUGUAGUGGAGAAAGAAGAAGCAAGAGCAAAUACGCCACUGCAAAUAUGUAGCUACAUAAGAGUUCACCCAACUAAAAACUGAAGAGAAGACUUCGUAAGAAAGUGACUUCACGGUACGGCGAAACGUCAGAUAAAGCCAAAAGAAAAGUUUUGAAUCUCGAUUGUGGAAAUACAUCUACUAUUUAAUAACUGUGCAUGCAUAUAUUUAUAAUUGCGUUUUUGAAAGAAGAAGUUAAAAAACAAAAUGUUGAUUAGAAUGUAUACCACUCAACUGAUACUGGCGGCUUGUCUGCUAUUAUUCUAUGGUUUGGCGAGAGCGACCGAUUCAUCUCCAGCAUCACUCAAAUAUCAAAUAAGCUCAUCCAGUGAAAAUGAUGACUAUUACCUGUCACAAAAAGAAAAUGUUUUAGAGAAGUCCUAUCAUGGCUUGAUACGUGAGAAUGAGACUUUAGUUGAAAUAACUCCGCUCAUCAAAGUCGAUGAGGAGAAAAUUUGUAAUUUUCGCAUUUUGAAAAAACCAUAUCAUGAAAUACCUUUUCAGGUACGUGUUUUCCCUAAUAAAUCGGUUUCUCACAAUAACAGCUCUCACCCUAAUAAUAACUCUCCGAAUGUCACUUAGAUUGAAUUGGUCAAUAACUUAGGCAUACUAAAGGCUCGUCGAACAUUAAAUUGUGAGAAGCGAAAGAGUUAUCACUUUGAGAUAAUGGCAAUUUUUUGCGAUUGGACGCACUCUGCCACGGCCAAUGUGCAUAUAACGGUUAUAGAUAUAAAUGAAUACGCACCGACAUUCCUGCAGCCAUCGUACGUUACUGAAGUCGAUGAAGGACGUCUGUACAAAGAGAUUAUACGCGUCGAGGCUACCGAUAAGGAUUGCACGCCACUAUUCGGAGAUGUUUGCAAAUACGAAAUCCUCAACAAUGAUCAGCCCUUUAUAAUUGACAAUGAGGGUUCCAUCAAGAAUACCGAACCUUUGUCGCACAAAGUCUCGCAUAACCACAUUCUAUCGGUGGUUGCUUACGAUUGUGCCAUGAAGGAGUCUGCGCCAAUUAUGGUGAGCAUUAAAGUACGUCGCGUUUGUGAGGCGAGAUUCCUAGGCAUUCCUGAACGUAUCGACUAUACGGCAUCAGCGGCCGAGAGCCUUUCUAUAUUUCCAAAUGCGCGUCUUGAACUUUGCGACAUGUACUGCAGCAAUCAAAACUUAAGCGUACAUACAUCAGUGGCUUUGAAGACAAAACACAUUUCCUUCGGCUGCGAUCGAGACAUCACCAACUGCUCCACGGGUCUCUCUUUGAUUGACUUACUGCCCCGUAAUGCUGAGUGGACAAAAGAUCUGAGUUGUGAUGAGGGAUUCGAACCAGUUUUUCAUUUCGAUGGCUCAACCGGCGUGAUUGUGCCUAAUGCUUUGAUUACACACCAUGACUUUUCGACGCGCUCGUUCAGCAUAGUCACCAUUUUCAGGCACUACAGCCUGGCGACCGCCAGCAAACACAUCAAAGAGCACUUGAUAUGUAGCGCUGAUGAUCACAGAAUGAACCGUCACCACAUGGCGUUAUUCGUUCGAAAUUGCCGACUGAUUUUAUUGCUGCGUAAAAAUUUUAAUGAUGGCGACCUAAAUAUUUUCAGUCCUGCCGAGUGGCGUUGGAAGAUUCCGCAGGUAUGCGACAACGAGUGGCAUCACUAUGUGCUAAAUGUUGAGCAAUCAUCUAAAGUGGAGUUAUACAUUGACGGCGUGCGGUUUGAGAACUCCGUGGAGGACCGCCACAGCAAUCCCGAAGUGAUAGACGAUUGGCCACUACAUGCGGCGCACGGUGUGAACACGACCCUAGCCGUGGGCGCAUGCUACCAAAGUUCGGAAACCCGCUUGAAACACGGCUUCAAGGGUGACAUUUCUGUAAUAAAAGUAUCGCUCAAUUCGGUGCAGUCGCCAGAAGACGUCCGCUGUGGCACCAACUGUGCCGAGCAUUUGCUGCCACCACCAGAAAGUCUGCUAGAAGCCGACUCGCAGGUACAAACCAAUGCGCAAAUGAACGAAAUCUAUAUUGAGGGUCAGAGUAUAAGCAACGUAGAACAAUUGCUGCAAAAAAUUCAAUACAUCAAUACCAAAGAGAGUCCCACAAUCGGCCGAAGAAAUAUUGAAGUGCGCACGACCCUGAUGUGCAUCAACCAAAGCGCCACGCGACUACCGACUAUUGAGACCUACAUAAUGGUGAAUGAACCCGGCCAAAUGGUACUGGCAGGGCGGUUAGCCGGUAACAAUAACGCCAUUUUUAAUAGUGUCAUGAACGUUGGAGAGUUGAAGGAUAAAUUUGGGACAGUAACAGACACACCAUUUGCUAAAUUGUCGUCACCGGUAACUAACGCACCGAAGGAUGUUAUCAAUUCAAUGGAGCACAAAUCGUUGGAUGCUCACAGCGAGGAAAAAGCCAAAAUUAUAAUAAACGGAAAUACAAACAACUUGGUUUCGUAUGCGGAAAUCAAACGCGGCGUACAUAUAUUAGGCAACGCCAACAGUAGAUUUGUGCCAAAUAUGCAAAACUUAGAUUCCUGCAGUGUCAUCGUGUUUCCAUCGUUGAAUCCAGACCAUGAAGAAAUCCAGGUGGAUGGUCAUGAAUCGCUUUCUUCAACGCUUGAUAUAAAGACCAACAUAAAUAAAGAUGGCGUGGAAAUGAUUGGAAAUGAUGCAAUUGUCAAUUAUUUGGAUGUCUUAAAGGCGCUCGUUUACAGCAAUAAGAAACCGGCUUACUACCUGAAUCGCGUCUUUAAACUUGCCUGUACACAGAUGAACUCUGAAUUUAGGAGUCAAGAAAUUACAUUGACGUUGACGGUGUUACAUCCAAAACUAGUACCCAAGACUAGAGCCCCGACGUCGGCAAUGGCUGCCGCUGAAAAUUCGCCGUAUAGAAUUAGCGGCGUUAGUGGCGUCGCUUUAGGGCCGACAUUGGCAGAUAAUAAACUCUUCGCACAUGCGAUGGUACAUUCACACGAUGUGCAGGAGCUCAAGCAUUCUAUCAUUCACAAAGCUGAAAGCUCACACCCGACGAUGCUAAUAAUCUUAAUAUGCGUAUUUUUUGUGAUACUAUUAUGCGGUGUGUCCAUUGCCCGUUUGAAAAAUAAUAGCUUGAAGUAUGUGGAUAGUCAUCAGCCUGGUUGGAAGAUUGCCGACGAGGGCUUGGUUUGGGAUGAUUCCGCGUUGACAAUUACAAUAAAUCCAAUGCAAACUGAUGGUGUUUCUGAGGAUAGCUCAGAUUCUGAAAACUCCGAAUCCGAGGAUGAAGAAGUGGUAAAAGGUCGAUUUGCAAAUGUGAGCCAAUUGGAAUGGGAUAAUUCAAACAUGUUUACCUCGGGUGUUAACUAAAACUAACUGGAAGUUUGUGACGUUCGUCGCAUGCAUAAAUGUUUAGGCACAUAAAUAACAUAAAAUGCCAACAAAAUGAACAAAUCUGGCAAAUAAAACCAAAUUCACACUUUUGUAGAAGACAUAACAGUGAAAUGUUAUGAACAUUGCAACACACUUAUUUACAAAUAAUGGUUUUCCACAUUUAUUUAACAUAUAAAAGCUGCGCAGGAAAUAAAAAGAAACUAAAA